AUGCCUGUUGCCCGCCCCCAACCGCAGCGAAAGCGAAAACGAGUGGUGUACAAGGAAGACGGAAGCGACUCGGAGUCGGAUUCGGGUGGAAAAGGCAAGAAAAAGAAAAAGAAAUCCGCCGACGACUCUUAUCAAGAUGAGGGGAACACCAGUGCCGUGAACAUUAACAAAUUGUUCCCGACGUUCGGUCCUCCCAAGCCCAUCACCGGCCGAUUCUCCCUCCCGAGCAUCACUGACAAGUCUGGUAACGUUGUUCCUGCGGUCAUGACCAAUGUGGCGCUUGGUAUCCGACCUGCGGUCAAGAUUCCUCCAAGGCCACUGCAUGACCCCAUGGCCGACCAUGCGAUCGUACUGUUUGAUCCGACGAUUGAUACACGCGAGACGGACGAGGAGCGAAAGGAGCGGGAGAAGCUCGAGGCAGCUGCCAAAGCCAGAGAAGAAAAGGAAAAGGCAGCUAUGGACGCCGGUGCUGCCAACUUGUACAAUCCUCAUAAGAGUCUAAAGGAGCUCCUCGGGGGCGGCAAAGAGGCGCAAGCCACUGUGGCGCCCAAGGUCCCAGUGGUCAUCGAUCCCAAGCUCGGGAAGAUUCUUCGACCGCAUCAAAUCGAGGGUGUCAAGUUUUUGUAUCGAUGUACCACUGGAAUGACCGUAGACAACCAGUAUGGGUGCAUCAUGGCAGACGAGAUGGGUCUUGGCAAAACACUGCAAUGUAUCACUCUCAUGUGGACCCUGCUCAAGCAGUCUCCCCGAGGCGCGGGCAAAGGUACCAUCGAAAAGUGCAUCAUUGCCUGCCCCGCUAGUUUGGUCAAGAAUUGGGCAAACGAGUUGGUCAAAUGGCUCGGAGACUCUGCGCCUAAAACAUUUGCGAUCGAUGGAACGGGCACCAAGGCCGAUCUCAUUGCGAAUGUACGGCGAUGGGUUCAGGCCAAGGGUAGGCAUGUUACUUUACCCGUCAUGAUUGUAUCCUAUGAGACUUUGCGAACUCUCUGCGAGGAACUCGCUGGGUGUGAAAUCGGACUAAUGCUUUGUGAUGAAGGUCACCGUUUGAAGAACUCGGAACUUGACGUUCAAGACCCUCAACGAAUUGAAUUGCAAGCGCGAGUAAUUCUAUCUGGAACUCCCAUUCAAAAUGAUCUCUCCGAGUACUUUUCUCUGCUCAACUUUGCCAACAAGGACUACCUCGGUACCAAGAACGAGUUCCGAAAGAACUUUGAAAAUGCGAUUAUUAGAGGUCGUGAUGCGGACGCAACGGACAAGGAGAAGGAAGCCAGUAUUGCGAAAUUACGAGAGCUCAGCGGACGUGUUCAGCCGUUUAUCAUUCGCAGGACAAACGACCUUUUGUCCAAAUAUCUCCCGGUGAAAUACGAGCAAGUCGUUUUCUGUGCACUCUCACCGCUUCAGUUGGCUCUAUAUCGACACUUUAUUACUUCGCCCGAAGUCAAGAAAUUGCUAAGGGGUGUAGGAUCUCAGCCUCUCAAGGCUAUUGGCCAACUAAAAAAGCUUUGCAACCAUCCCGCACUCCUAGACCUUCCCAAUGAUAUUGCUGGUAGCGAAGAUAUCUUACCUCCUGGCUAUAAUGCUGGGAUGCUUAGCGCAGGUGGGCGAGGAGGUGGAAACAUGACCCCUGACUGCUCACUCGGUGGCAAGUUUGUUGUACUCGAGCGAUUCUUGGACCGAAUCCGUCGCGAGACAAACGACAAAAUUGUGCUCAUCAGUAACUAUACUCAAACUAUGGACCUGUUCGAGAAACUUUGCCGAAGCAAAAGCUACGGGUGUAUUCGGCUAGACGGCACUCUGAGUGUUGCCAAACGACAGAAACUCGUUGAUAGAUUCAACGAUCCGGAAGGAAAGGAAUUUGUGUUCUUGCUGAGUAGUAAGGCUGGUGGAUGUGGUAUCAACUUGAUUGGUGCCAACCGACUUAUUUUGUUCGACCCUGAUUGGAACCCGGCCUCUGACCAACAAGCCCUUGCUCGUGUAUGGCGUGAUGGGCAAAAGAAAGAAUGUUUCGUGUACCGAUUCGUCUCCACUGGUACUAUCGAGGAGAAAAUCUUCCAGCGCCAAGCUUCGAAACAGGCCUUGUCCUCUUGCGUUGUCGACGAAAAGGAAGAUACCGAACGACACUUUUCUGGUGACGAAUUGCGCAAAUUGUUUGAACUUCGGGAGAGCACACUUUGCGAGACGCACGAAACGUACAAGUGCAAACGCUGCAAGAAUGGAAAGCAAUUUAUGAAAGCACCUGCGAUGCUUUAUGGUGACGGAAACACGUGGAAUCACUAUACUAACCCAGAGUUGAAAAAUAACCACGACGAUUUGUUGCGUGCUGAAGUGGGACUACCAGAAGUCACAUUCACCUUUCAGUAUAUCAGUCAUUGA